AUGGGAGGGGCAUUGGGGAAGAUGGGCGGGACAUUGGGAAAGAUGGGAGGGACAUUGGAAAAGAUGGCAGGGACAUUUGGAAAGCUUGGAAGGGCAUUUGGAAAGAUGGGAGGGGCAUUUGGAAAGAUGGGAGGGGCAUUUGGAAAGAUGGGAGGGGCAUUUGGAAAGAUGGGAGGGGCGUUGGGAAAGAUGGAAGGGGCAUUGGGAAAGAUGGGAGGGGCAAUAGAAAAAAUGGGAUGGACAUUAGGAAAGAUUGAGGGCAUCGGAAAGAUGGGAGGGGCAUUCACAGGGUAA